UCCACGUUGAUACCAACCAAAACCAAAACCACCUCUUUCUCUUUCCUUAAAGCAUUUUCUUUUCGCAUCGUUCCUCCCACACGCCUCUCUCUCUCAGAUCACUUGUUCCGAUUUGUUCGUCGUCGGCGUCUUCCGUCUCUUAUCCAUUCUUCUCCUUUUUCCAACACGACAAGAAUGGCUAAUUGUUCGGGAGACUCUAGUGACGUGGCUUCUCAGUUCGACAUUCUCCGAUGCCCUUUCUUGAGGAACAUCAAUGAGCCCACUAAUCUCUCCUUCUCCUCCUCCUUGCCUUUCCCCAUCCCCGCACGACGAGCAGGUCAAGGGCCUAUAUUCGAGGAUGGACCCAAUUUUGAUACGGCCUUUAGGCUUUUCCACGGGCAAGAUGGAGUUGUCCCGCUCUCCAACAGAGCUGAAGCUGAGAAGAAGCCAGAGCCUGUGUUCAACCCACUUGCUGCUAAGGCCGCCACGAUUAGUCUCUCAUCUUUUGGACCUGGAGGGCCUUUUGGGUUUGAUGCGUUUUCUGACAUGUUUAAAAACCAAAAGAGAAAGUCUGACUCUUCCAAAAACAACAAGGAUUCUUCCAAGGGGGGAAGCCACGAAGCUAUGAGUGACGACUGGCUUCAAACUGGAAACUGCCCUAUUGCUAAAUCGUACCGAGCUGUAAGUGGUGUGGCGCCGCUCGUGGCAAAGAUCCUGCAACCACCUCCAGGGAUGCAUUACAAGUGCCCUAAAGCAAUAGUAGCAGCUCGAGCAGCCAUAUCAAAAACAGCUUUCGCCAAGAACCUCCGCCCACAGCCUUUGUCAUCCAAAGUACUUGUGAUAGGGAUGCUCGGCAUGGCGCUAAACGUGCCUCUCGGGGUCUGGAGAGAGCACACUGAAAAGUUCUCUGCGUCUUGGUUUAUAGCUCUUCACGCAGCGGUUCCCUUCAUAGGAAUACUGAGGAAGUCAGUGUUGAUGCCUAAGAUGGCGAUGGUGUUUACCAUAGCAGCGUCGGUUAUGGGACAGGUGAUUGGGUCAAGAGCAGAGAGGUAUAGGCUCAAGUCGGUAGCUCAAAAGAAGAUGACAUUGUCUGGAUCACCAAACCCGUCGUCUGUUGAAGCAAUUCAGAUGGAGUUCCCCGGAGUUUCAUCCGAUGGAAGGUGCGGUGACAAAGUGGUGAUGAAAUGGAACCCCAUGUUGCUUGAAGCAGCAAGUCCUGUUUCUACCGGAGCAACUAAUGUUGUCUGCUAAAGAUUUUGAUUUCUUCAAGAAGAUCUCGAAUAUAUAUAAUUGUUUUUCUUCUUGUUUUGGAGAUUGUAUUUGUAAAAGUUUCUAUAUGUUUGAGAAAAACUAGAAUAAAUUCAUUUUUAAACUGUUGAAA